CUGGAGUUUGCCCCCUCCUUCCCAAUCGAGUGUGGGCGCCAAGCCCCCCGAGUGCUCAUCACCCUGGACCCUGGCGCAGAGCCCUGGCAUCACGACUCGGAGGCUGAGACUCUGUCCUGGAGUCACCCAGGAGAGAUGGAGCCACCUCAGUGUGUGGAGGAGCUGGAAGAUGAUGUGUUCCAGCCAGAGGAUGGGGAGCCAGGGACACAACCUGGGAGCUUGCUCUCUGCUGACCUGUUUGCCCAGAGCCAGCUGGAUUGUCCCCUCAGUCGGCUUCAGCUCUUUCCUCUCACUCACUGCUGUGGUCCUGGGCUCCGGCCCAUAAGCCAGGAAGACAAGGCCACCCAGACCCUCAGCCCAGCCUCCCCAAGCCAGGGUGUUAUGCUGCCUUGUGGGGUCACAGAGGAACCCCAGAGACUCUUUUACGGCAAUGCUGGCUACAGGCUUCCUCUCCCUGCCAGUUUCCCUGCAGGCUUGCCCCUUGGGGAGCAGCCCCCUGAAGGGCAGUGGCAGCAUCGAGCAGAGGUACAGAUCGCCAGAAAGCUUCAGUGCAUUGCUGACCAGUUUCAUCGGCUUCACAUACAACAACACCAGCAGAACCGAGACCGUGCAUGGUGGCAGGUCUUCCUCUUCCUGCAAAACCUGGCCUUGAACAGAGAAGAAAACAGGGAAGGGGUGGGUCCCUGGUGAGGCUGGGCGGCCCUUGUUGGAUGAAGCACCAGGAAUGCCGUCUGGAACAGGACAGACACCUGGGAGGACAGACACUGUCUUGUCCAGUUUUGUUGUUUUAAUUUUUUCCCCUGUAUGUACAUAUAACAUACCCCAGUGGGAUCUUCCUUCCUGCUCAGAACUUGCACUGGGAAUGGGGACCUUUGUCAAACACUGUUGAAGGAGAGGCGGCUGUGUCUGCUGGUGGUGUUCCUAAGGCUCUGAUGAUGGCCAGUUGGUGAUGUUCUCCAGGAAGUGGACUGAGGAUUUCCUCCUGGAACUGGUUAAGAAAUGGGAAGUCAGGUUAGACUCCCAGGAUCACCAAAUAUGUCAGCCUUCCCUCACACCUGAUGGAAACAUGACUCUAAACCACCAGGACCUUGGCCAGGGGCUUCCUGGCUAAGAGCAGCAAUGCCUUGGCUAGCCAGCCCUACAUCUGGGUUCCCACUUGGCACAGCCAGUGCCCACCACAUGGGCUCAGGGAUUCUUAUCCAGACCCUGUCACCUCCAGAAGACCUCAGGGAGGGUUGGACUUCUCUAAGAACCUCUCAAAGGUGCCUCAAAAUGGAGUCAAGCUUGAUAAGGCCCCAACUGUGACUUGGUCCCACAUGGAAACCCCUUGAUUAGUCCCAAGGUGCAAACUACUGCCACCUUUGCUGCCUGGGUGUCAACCGUGUGUGAGCCAUGUAGCCAGUCACCAUCGUGUUGUACCCAGCAGCCUGUGCCUUUGUCAGCUCUAUUUUCAAAAGACCCUGCCAACUACUGGACUGGAUUGGACUACACCCACUUCAGCGGCAGCACUUCGAGAUGGGGUGGGUUCACAGGGGGCAUGGGAAUGGAGCAGCCAUCCCACUGAUCAGACAGUCCCAGGGGAUCCUAGACCUCUUGGUUUCCUUGGAAACGUGUACCUCCUCCCCCUUAUCCCCAUUCCUUUCUCGUACCUAGUGGGAUACAGGAAGAAGCUAGGACAGUGACUUUGUCACCUGAAAAGUGACUUUUGAAGUAACAGACAAUGUUUAGAACACGGAACCGGCAGAGCUGGGUUCCAUCUUCCUUCAGCUUCCCGGCUAACCCAGAAGGGAGAGUUAUUGAACCCAGAGGAAUCUCAGCUGCCUCUGAAUGUCUUCCUUCUCUCCCUGCCACAGCUCUCAGGGAGGGGACACAAAGCGGCUGACCUUAGUCACAGGGUGACUCCUAACCCAUGCCUGGAAGUCACAUCGUAAUUUUUAUAUGUAUGUGAGGAAAGACAUUGGUGCUAAAGAUGAAGUCCAAAGAAAAGAUGGCUUCCCCGAGCAAAGACGACUCCGGGGUCAUUCAAGGAACUUGGAGGAAGAACUCAGAGGAGGUUUAAAUUGAACAAAGCCCAAUAACUCUCAUUUCUCUGUGUGUGUGCGUGUGGGGGGGGUCUUCAGUCCUGUAGAAGGCAACUGACCCCCCUGGGCAUACAGUUGGGCAGGCUUUCUGCUGCACAAGGGUAUGAGGGGGAUCACGGAGGCUGAAGUUCAGCCUGUGCUCUGCUCUCUAGGCUGUAUGUCCUGACGUGGGGCAGAUCUGCUCAGAGUUAGGGGUGUCUUUCCUAAUCUACACAAAGGUACCGUAUGCACUCGCAAUGGUCCCAAGAAGGACCUGGAAAUAUGUGUAUAA